AUGCUUAAACGCUUUUCAUCAAAACGUGCAAAAAAUGCGGAAGAAUCCGAAGCAAAAGAGAAGAAAAAGCUACUCGACAAAUUUCUUGAAUUCAUUUCUUCGUCGAUCUGGAACAUUCCAGUCGCUUGCUUCAUAGAGGACCGCUCUACUGUUUUUGAUCGUCAACAAAUGGAAACUGAAGUCUAUGAACACAUUCAUAAGGAGUAUUCCAAUCUAAUUGAUACUUUGAUCGAAUGUUUCUGCGACGACAGCGGAACAACUCCCCAAAAAUUGACAGAGGCUUUGAAAAUUCUCGAUCAACAGAAUUUGACUCUUCGUCAAAGAGUAAGUUGA